CACCAAAAACCAUCCUCCAACUUUUGUCUGUCUUAUUCCUGGUUUCAUAGACACACCUCACAAAGCGUAGCCCAUCAUGAAGCCUACAAAUGUGCUUUCCAGUGAUAUGCCAGGCCCCAAAGUAUACAAUCCAUGGUGGGGCGAUACGAGUAACAUGAAGAUGAAAGGUGUUACCACCUACAGUCUCUCACCUUUUAGGCAACGCGCGACCAAGAACAUGUUCAGUGGAUGGCUAUUCAAUGGUUACAAGCGUCUUGCUAGCCAGAUGCCAUACUGGAUUGUCCCAUUUGCAGCUGGAUAUGGCAUAUACAGUUGGGCAAAAAGCCGUGACGCAUGGAACAAUAGCAAGGCAGGACACGUCGCACUGCAUGGAUCGCAUUGAUUGCAGCAUGUAUGACUGACUGUAGAAAUUGUGCUGGUUAUAGAAUUUGUUGGUGCCUAUGGUAUCCAAUUUUAAUGGAUGCAUUUUCUGUGCAGUUUUGAACGUCAUUGUAAGAUGACAGUUAAUACAGCCUUUUUU